AUGUUUACUUUAUUGAAGCUUUUGGUGACGAUGCAUCCAAAAAACAUCAAACGGUUUCCAGAUUUUGUGGCAAUAAGCUCACAGCUUCACCUGUCCUGGACACAUAAGAGAUGUCUACAGUUAAAGACCAUAGGCAUAUCACAAACACACAUUUGAAAAUCAUAAGAUAGGACAUAAAAAGCUUUCUUGGAAGACAACAACAACAACGGCAUGCCUGCAGAAAGUACUUUAGGUAUUUGCAUCCGCACAAGUAUCUCGUGACAAUGAAAACUUUUGUCAAAAGAACUUUGAAUUUGCUUUGCUAAUGAACAUACAUGUAUACCCAUAAAUACUUGAGGCCUCAUCAUUCAUGGUUUAUACUUUUGAGCGACAACAACAACAACAACAUUAUCUGGAGGAUAAUGCUCUUGAUCCACAGACUGUCUUGAUACAAAUUUCACAGUUGCACUAGAUACCUAGACAUGUAUAUCUACAGUGCAUGCAGCUCAAAACAACUGUCCAAAAAAUGCGUGUGCAAUUUGUACCUCUGCAUCUGAGUGUGCGUGUAUCUCUGACACAUCUGAUUAGUAUACAUACAUGUAUGGGCCAGCUUUAUACCUCUUUCACAAUUGUGUCUUAUUAAUGUAUAUUUUUUUAUAUGUGCGAUAAAUUCAGGCUUUCUGACCUCGUUUGAAAGUAGGAAUUGUUUUGUAUUUUACACAUGUUAACGAGGUCAGAAAUGGUUAUUAUAAUCCUAUAAAAGGAUACAUAUUUGAUAGGCCACCAGAUUGUAAAAUACGUCUAUUGUCUACAUAUUGCUCUUAUUUUGUGAAAGAUUUGAACCCAGGAGUCAUUUCAUAAGUAGGCUGAGUAUGUUUGUCUGGGUUGAACGUAGUCCUGAAUGUUGACAGUGACUGACGUUUCAACAACCUGUGCAGUAUUCAUCUUCUGAGUGACUCUGAAGAUGAAUACUACAGAUUGUUGAAACGCCAGUGACUGUCAACAUUACAGUCCUAUUCUGGACUACCGUAUUUAUUCGAAUAAGCGCCCAACCUCGAAUUAGCGCCCACCUCGAAUAAGCGCCCAUCCUAAAGGCAGAAAAAGUUAAUAAGCGCCCAGCCUCGAAUAAGCGCCCACCCCACCCCAUCCCUUUUCCCCUCACACCUCCCAAAAAUUGAAUAAGUACUAAUAAGAGACUUCCCCGAAGACGGAGUUUUCUUCAGAGUAUUUUACAGACCUUGCUUUGUUACAUCUUCGCGUUUUGUUUUUACCAUUUAUUGUUUUGUUGCAAAAUAAACAUACUACGCUUGCUGAAAAUGUUGAAAAUUUAAUAAGCGCCCAGCCUCGAAUAAGCGCCCACCUCGAAUAAGCGCCCAUUCUCAAGGUCCAAAAAUUUAAUAAGCGCCCAGGGCGGUUAAUCGAAUAAAUACGGUAUGUUCACCUGGACAUUUAUGCAUAACCUUCUUUUGUUUUUAUUUUGUUGUUAGUUUUUGUGGACUUUAUUGUAACUCAUUGCAUCUUAAACAGUGGGCAUUAACUGAGGAACUGUAUACAAGUAAACACACAUUUAUCUUCCUACAAUGUAACUCAAACAUGUGAACAAGCAUCCACAUCAUUGGCACUAAAUGAAUCUUUGGCUAAAUGUUUUCCAUCCAGUUUGAGCAUCUUGAGGAAGGAUGAACAUGUACAUAUACCAGCAUGCAAAGAAAGACGUGUCUGAUAGUCUGGGGCUAGUGGAUUUUGCAAUUGGGCUAGUGAUUUGUGUUCUUAACUUGCCAGCUGGGCAAGUGAAGUUUUUUGGGAAAUUCAAAUUACAGAAGAACUGUAAUCAAUGCUGCUCAUUAAAUUUUUCGAGGGCUACUUAAAAGACUCUUGGGCUAGUACAUACUAGCAACAACUUGCAUGCCUGAGUGGCUGCUUGAAGCCGUAAAACCGACUUUCUUUGCACCCUGAUAUACAGAAAGUAAACCAAUUGCUCCACUUAGACCGAUUACAAGAAAUGUUGAUGACAUAAAUUUAUAAAGCACAAGUGUCAGUCAUUUGGCUACAGUGAAGUUAGCUAAGAACUGUGGCCAUGCCAUUUCGACUUAUACAUGUAAACAUUCACAGAAACUAUUUCCCAAAGAGUGGAAUAGAGCCAGCGAUGUUUAAUAUUAUUGUUAUGACAUUUGUAAACUUUCCAUCAUGGAUACCCAACAUUUUUUGUCUUUGACAAAAUGUGAAUUAUAUUUAUUUAAACAAUAAUUGCUGACAGUACAAUCUAACUUGACUGUGCAUGUAAAUUAUUUUAUUUACACUGGCAAGUUACUUCAUGUCAAUAUCUCACGUUGCAAGUAAAGUUGCAAAGUCAAUCGGUAUAAUAUCUAGAUGCAGCUUCUUUCUUCCUAAAUCGUCUUUACGUAUGCUCUACUAUUCCUUAAUUUAUCCUUAUUUUUACUACUGCAAUAUCAUUUGGGCUUCGACCUAUAAAACUAAUCUCCGCCACCUUGUUAUCCUGCAAAAGCGCAUUAUUAGAAUUAUUAAUAAAUCACAUUUUAAUGCUCAUACUGACCCCAUCUUUAAGGACCUCGGUAUACUAAAAUUUAAUGAUAUCCAUUUGCUUCAACUGGGCCAAUUUAUGUAUUCUUGCAAAAAUUCAUUCUUACCUCCAAAGUUUAAUAACAAUUUCUCUCAAAGCAAUCAAUUCCACUCUUACAAUACAAGAAAUUCUCAGGCCUACCGUCUACCGUAUUGUCGUACAAACACGAAGAAGUUCUCGCCCUUUUUUCAAGGGCCUAAGUUUUUUAAUUCACUUGACAACAAGAUCAUCAACUCUCAAUCCCUCUCCUCUUUUAAGAAAAAACUGAAGAUUAAAUUAUUGAGUAAGUAUGAAAACAGUUUAUAAAUCUUUCCAUCUUCGACUUUUCGCCUUCUUCUCUUCAAUUGAUGUGAAACAGCUCUAGCUCAUAGUUCGAGGAGGCCUAACCUCUCAUAAGCUCCUAUAGUUUCUGUUAGGUCUCCUCGCCACUUCUUUUUUUUUUUUUUUUUCUUCUUCUUUUCCUAUAUUUUUUGUAAUUAGUGUGGCAAAUAAAAUAAAAUAAAAAUAAAAAUAAAAAUGUUAGAGUCAACAUAGAAUUUUUUUGAAUAUUACUAAGGAUGUAGACCUCAUUUCAAAAUAAAGACUGUCUCUGCUAGUGUGGUUUUUUUGUAUCUGUCAGGCCAAAUCACAUGAAAUAUAUCACCAUAUUUUGUACAUUUUCUGCUCUUAGUAAAGUCAAGAUUGACUAGUAUAAUAUUGAUAAUAACUCUAAAAGGAUAAAAGUGCAGGCUAGCAACUCCAAAAAUGAAAUUUCUUUGCAACUUACUGUUUUAUUUAUAAUUUUUAUUUAUUUUGAUUGCUUGACUGACUAGCAAUAGAAAAAAGUGUUAAACAAUUUAUCUAAAUUUUUUUGUAAUUUAUAUGAACACUUUUAUAGUAAUUAACUAAUAUUUCAUUCUUAGGUUUUACAGUAUCCUUCUUAUAAUUUACUGUGGUUUAAUCAUACUCUACAAGUAUCUAAUUCUCUUUUGUUGUUUAUUGUUGCUGAUAUUCAAAAAUAGUAAGAUUUCUGCUACAAAUAAUUUGAGAGCAAUUUUCUAUGAAAGACCUCAUUAUAGUACCGUAUGUUCCUAGUGAGAUUCUCAAAACAGAAAGAUUAAAGGGACUAUGCCACACUAUUUUUUAGGCAUUGAAACCAUUUGCUAUAGACCUUUGUCACAACGGCCAUUUUGUCCCAGCAGUUAGCCUGGCAGUAAGAAGGAGGCUAGCUGCGCAAAUACAAAGCUUUUUUAAUCUCUUGGGACAAAAUGGCUGCCACAUGACAAAGGUCUAUUGUUUGUAGCUAUGAAUGGCAAGGAUGGACGUUGAUUAAAACUUGAAAAAAAUUUGCCACCCUUUUCAACUUUUAAAGCUUUGUGCUUGCAAAAAUUACAAUCAUAAAAAUUGUUACAGUUAGUGCUCCAUGGUGGAAAUUUUUUUUGGUUACCUUCUUUAAAACUCUAAACAGGUACAAGUAUAUAUGUUUUUAUAUGUGUUAAGGGACUAAGUUCUGAUGUAUAUGUAAGCUGUCCAUGAACAUGCUAUGGUACAACUACGGCAGCACAAUAUUAUUGCAAAAAGAAGGUAGUGUCCAAUAGCUCUGGACUGGUGGAUUUUGCUAUUGCACUAGUGGAUUUCAUUCUUAACUUGCCCAAUGUACAGGACAGUGACAUUUUUUGAGGGAUUAAAAUUACAGUCUAAGAACUGUGUAAUCAUUGCGGUUACCUCAUCAAAAAGUAUUUGGGGCUAGUUGAAAUGACCUUUGGGCUAAUGCAUGCUACUAGCUUAUACAGCUUGCCCAAAUGACAAGCUGUAAAACUAACUUUCUUUGCACCCUGCUGAUGUUGAUUUCCAUCAGACUUCUAGUCCCCUAUUAUUUCAUAAAAUUAAUACUGUUGUAACUCGCAUUCAUCUAGGAUGUAGAUGUACCAAGGGGGGAGGGAGCUGCGAUCCAAGUUUACAGAAGUUAAAGAGGAAGGAUUUCAUUCACACCUCCUGGAUGUGAGCUACAGUGAUGUGAGGACAGUCCCCCUAUUCUCCCCAAAUCAGUGAUCCUAUACCCCCCCACCCCCUCCCAACCCCUAGUCCCAGCGUAGAACUGGUACUCAUCCCUAGGUUGCACUCAGACCAUGGGCAAAUUAAAAGAAAAAAAAGAAAGAAAGAAAGAGAGUGAUUAUCUAAUGUGUUUAUGUAAAGUAUAAAAGUACGGAGGAAGUGGCAAAUUGACCGGGUUGAUUAAGCUGUUGCUGCCAAUCCCACUUGCUGCCUCAUUUAUAUACCCUGUAUGCCUCCAUAUAGCCUUAAAAACGCCUGUUUCACUACUCUAUUUCAGACAAGAGGCUCUCCAAUUAUUUAGGCUAUUGAAUCCGCCCUCCCACACAGAUGUACAUGUACACUGAUUGAAAUCUCCCACAUUUUACAGCCUGUUCAGGGCAACACCCUGUUUGAGAGGCUAAUAGCAAAAUUGUGUACUCAGUUUUAUUAAGACUCUCAACCCGCCAAACCCAUACCAUGUUAACCAUUAAGGCCAAAUAAGGGAGUGCUUUCCCCUGGGAUGCAAAGACAGUAUAACUCUUCAGUACUUCUUGUUUUUGCCUUAGGUGUCCUUGUCGCUGCUGGAGAUGUCAUCAGCCAGCAAUUUGCUGAGCAAAGAGGCACAAAUCAUGACUUCAGAAGAACAGCUCGUAUGGGAGUGGUUGGACUAGUUAUUGGCCCUGUGCUAAGAUCAUGGUAUCUUACACUGGAAAGGAUUGUCCCUGGGACUGCCAAAACUGCCGGCUUUAAAAAGAUGCUGCUGGAUCAGAGUCUUUUUGCUCCUGUUAUGAUAUGCUUCUUUUUCAGCGUGUCCGAGACACUUGCUGGAAAACGACCACAUGAAAUCAAAGAGAUGCUCCAGGAACGCUAUGUACAGACACUGAUCACAAAUUAUAAGAUCUGGCCCCUUGUGCAGUUUCUGAAUUUUACGUUUGUUCCUAUUCAGCACCGCGUUGGCUUUGUCCAAAUUGUAGCAAUAUUUUGGAAUGCAUACCUGUCAUGGAUGGCUAACAAGCCAUCACCUGAUACUGCAGCCUUAACUGUUAAGGGUUCUUUGGAGCUGGUUCAGUGA